AUGGAUAAGUUUGAACUUAGGGGGAUUUUGUGUAUUGCUCAUAUUGAAGAAGAUGAUAUUUCUUCACAUAAACUAGAACUUUUAGUUGGAAAGUUGGAGAAUCCUUUUGGUAUUUUUGAAUUUGUCAGGAGUUUGAAAGAUGAAGGUAAUGUUUUCUACAAACAGUGUAAUGUAGGAUUAGCGCUUUCUAAAUACUCUCUUGCACUCAAGCUUUUAUCUUUUGUUACGAUGGGUAAUGAUGAAGAUAAAUCAGUUUUUUCGAUCCUAGUUGUGUCUCUUAAUCUGAACUUAGGUGCUUGUUAUGUCAAAGAGGAAAACUUUGACAAGGUGGGUCAGUUGUGUUCUGCAGUUUUGUGUUAUGAUACUACUAAUGUGAAAGCUUACUUUAGAAGGGCGGUGGCAGCUUUAGGGAUUAAUAAACCCGAAUUAGCUUUCAUGGAUCUCACACAAGCAAGUAGGAUUGAUCCCACCAACAGAGAGUUUCAACAAAAACUCAAUGAGGUGACCUCUUUAUUGGGUUGGUCUCCGGAUUUUGUUAUUGAGGCAGUUGCAGUUACAAGAGAGGAUAAAAUGUUUAGAGAUUAUGCUAAAAUUGGGAAAGAAGAAGAAAAGAGGAAGUGUAUUGGUGUAAAAGAUGUCACCAAAAAGGAAAAGGAUGUUGAUGGAAAAUCUUUGAAUUCGGAGGAGGGUAAAGAUAACCCUAUCGAUCAAGAUCGAAGGCCCAACAUUAUUGAUAACAAUUCUGAUCUGAAGUCAAGUUCAGAAACAAAAAAACUCAAAUCUUACAGGGUCAAGUUAUCGGUUUUGUAA